AUGGUGGCUAGUUUGACGGAAAAGGUCAGAGGGUUGUCAGUUGGAUUGCCCUGUGCACAUUCUCCCCUUCCAAUCGCCCUCUCAGCUUCGUUGAUUUCUUCGUUUGGUGGAUACCCUCAAAGAUCUGCUGUUGAUUUGUGCACUGGUUCCACCCCAUUUUUAGGUUGUAAUCGGGAUACAUGCGGAAGCUUGCAAAUUUUGAAGAUGAAUUUUUAUAAUCUUCAUCAGAGUGCCUUCUCAGCAUGUGAAGAGAUGAGAGACUCUCUUCCCAUUGCUGAUCAGAAUGGCCCUGUCUUUUGCCCUAAGCCACGCCGAGCUGGAGUUUUAAUGAACUUGCCUAUUCGACCAGUGAAAUGGCAUUUAGGCCAACAAGCUGAGGGGUCUGAUUCAAAAGCUGGGGCAGAACUACUUGACAUUGUUCUAAAGAGGGAGAGUUAUGGGGAAGAUUUUUCCAAUCAGAUACCUUCCUCUCCUCCAUAUUUUUGUGGUUCUCCUCCUGUUCGGGCUGCGAAUCCCUUGAUCCAAGAUGCUCGAUUUGGGGAUAAAGAGAACGCUCUUGUAUCAACAAUUUCAUCGCCUUCUAGUUUACUGUCUCCAUCUUCAGCAUCUCGCAAAGGAGGAUGUGCUAGGAUGAAGUUUGGACUUAAACAGGCCGCAGUUAGAGUAGAAGGAUUUGAUUGCCUAAGCAGGGAUCACCAGAAUUCUGGCAUCCCUGCUGUCGCCUAA